AUCCAGUCUGCGUUGUGCUGCGUAAGCCAUGCUUACCUUGUGGCAGGAUGAAAACUAUCGAUGAGGCUGUUACACAUUGUAGGGGUGCUCAAUUUUAAAACGCCCGAUUAUGAAGUUUGAACAGGUUUGAACCCUUUCGGCGCUUGUUCUUGCCCCGUUCCAUCUUGCUUACUUUGAAGACCCUGCGGCUAUGCAGCCGGUAUGAACUUACUGCAUUUCAACUGACGUGACGCCGCAAGAUGCUGUGCAGUGUACAGCUAAAGGCACACUACGUUGUUCUCAAAAUUUUCCAUCAUGCCUAGUACUGAGAAAAAUCCUGGUGAAGGAACAACAACGCUCCCCUUGGAGGCGCGAGUUGCUCGUUAUGACCAGUAUUUCGAUCCACGAUUUUCAACAACCGUCUACAAAAAGACGAACACGACCAAACAGUCAAAGCACCUCAGGAGACUGGAUCAAAAGAAACCAGUUAUUGUCGUCCGACGAGUCAUGGACAGCAAGGGCCGACACACGAAGACCGAAAUUGACAUCCGAAGUCAAGAACUUUGCGAGGUGCUCAUGGAGAUACACCAAGGUGUGGAGGGUCUAGAUCUCUUGCGAAGUUCCCCUGUCUGUGACCAGAAGCUGCUUUUUUUCUCUUUCAACGAGCUUAAAGAACGAUUGGAUCUGGAAAGGUCAAAAGGCACGCCAAACCCUCCCCUAAUUUCUGAGAUCGAAGUGGCCCUUCACUUUAUCCAGGAGGAACACAAAACCACCUUCGCCGACUUUCAGUCAUUGACAAGACACGAGUCCAUCACAUUCGAUUUACUUUGGACAUUAUUCCGUCAUGGCACCCUAGUCUUCAGUCGCCACGAGUUCACUGAGCAGGACUACAUUCUCCGAGUCACGCGCUUUAAGAUCAUGGAGACAAAUGAAGGAAUCUUCGCUGCAAUCCAUUGUCAUAUUAUUACUGACGAUGGCGAGCAUUUUGGAAUUGCUAACCAAAAGCUUCUAAUCCCGUCAUUCGAAGGAGAGCGGAAGAUACAAAGCCUGUCUGCUUUUCCUCUCUUCUAUCACUCGAAUGGACGUGACAUUUGCGAACUUGCCACCAAACGAGGUCGGAGAUUUGCAAGCUUGCAAUGCCAGACUUAUGGUGAGAUUUCUGGGAUGGCUGCCUGUGUCGACGACCAUCCCACGGACGACCGUAAGGACCUUCGAAAGUACAGGGCAUACGGGCGUGUCAUGAUCGAUCCUGGCGCAUUUCGUAUGUUUAAGCCUGGCUCUAGUCUCAAUCUCCCAGUUUCUACCCCAUUGAAGCGAGCGGAACUCGAGGAAGAGCAAUAUAUAAUCUGCACUCCUGUUGUUAUAGGCUUUUGCUUCGGAACAAAGCAGUGGGGUGGAUUCGCUCUUGACCACCUGCGGGACGUGUCCUGGUCAUUAGAGCCUUUCGAUCGUCUGGUCCUGGACAACAGACACAAGGAACUGAUUCAUGCAUUAGUGGAGCAGCAUGCAUCACGUGUGUCAACCUUUGAUGACUUCGUGCGAGGAAAAGGAAAAGGCCUUGUCGGAUUGCUUGCAGGUCCACCUGGAUGUGGGAAGACACUUACAGCGGAAGCAGCGGCAGAGGUAACAAAGCGUCCCUUGUAUUGUGUUUCGGCAGGCGAAUUGGGGUCUAGCUCGGAGGAUGUAGACGGCGCUAUGACUCAGAUUCUGGAACUUGCACAGCGUUGGAAAGCAGUCGUCCUUCUCGAUGAAGCAGAUGUUUUCCUGUCACAGAGGAGGGAGACUGAUGUGCAGCGGAAUGCCCUGGUGUCUAUUUUUCUACGACAGCUGGAAUACUAUCAGGGAAUCAUGUUUUUGACGACCAACCUAGUUUCACAGUGUGAUGCUGCAUUCGAGAGUCGAAUCCACUUCACGGUGCACUACCCAUCGCUGUCUCGUGUCUCGCGCAGACAGAUCUGGAAGACGUUCAUCGAUAAGACAUCGGAUGCCUGCCAGUCUAUGAUCAGCGAGGCUGAAAUUGAUGCCUUGGCCCAGGAAAUACUCAACGGCCGUCAGAUCAAGAACACCGUAGGAACUGCUCUUUCCCUCUCGUUGCAUUCGAAUACGUCGCUUUCUGUGAAACACAUCCGCACAGUGCUUGAUUCUAUGCAGGACUGGAACAAGGCUCGGGAACACCACAACUCUUAUCUGACAUCUGAGCACAAAUCAGAUUUGCGGGUUGGCGUCCCGGCUGGCAUGCAAAGUGCCGUGCAUUACAUUGUGCACAUCUCAAUUGUCAUUCUUGCAUAUCUCUUCUUGCUUAAGACUGCACAAGCUGGCCAGAUGUGACUACACGUCAUUGAUUGGACGCCACCAAUACUGGUAGGCCCUAUAGAAAUAUCUCUACAUUUGGACACUUGACUAUGUGAUUACCCGCUACUUACUGGACACAAUUCAACACGUACACGGUUGGAUGUCCGUUCUGUUGAGUCUACCCCACAUUAUCGCAGACUGCAUCUCAUCAAUUAAGUUUCAUGUCUGACUGGUUUGGGAGUAGUCAAUGGGAAACAUGCAGCAAGAGGAAGCUUUGAGCAACUAGGGACUAGUAAUCAGAUGCGGAGGAAUGAGUUUCCGAUUUAUUAGGGUAGUAUCAUAAUAAAAUUGUUUACACAUUUUUACACCCAAGCCAGACCUAAGCCCUCCAGAAGGGCCUGGCCUGAAUUCCUUCCAGGCCCGAGCCCUUCACAGCCAGGCCCGAUGUAUCACUAUGCACACUUGACCUAGCAGGCGACAACCAUG